CCGCCUCUCAGUCAACCCCUCGCCUUCACCAGAGCGAAAACUCUCACAUCUUCUCUCCUAAGCCUUAAUACACCUGUGUUGAGUGAACGAUACGCUAGACACACCACAAACUCGACGAAAAGAGACACAAGAGAAAGAACAACAACCUCGUUCGUCUGUUAGUGCAACACGUGCCUGAAAACCCACAGAAUAUGCUGCGAACUCUCCGACCACAGACCUACGAGGCCCAAAUGCCGCGCCUCGUUUCAGACUUCUACGACUACAAUGCCGAGGAGGACGAAUUCGCCGCUAGCCUCUUGGCCGCCCACUUCUGCGGUCUCGUGCACAGAGCUCGCAAGAACAAGCUGGCGCAGCUCACCAGAGAAUCCCAGAGUGCAGCGUCUAACACCCAGGAUCCUGCUAUGACUGCCUGGCUCACCAAGCUCAUUCCCUCCAUGAAGACCCAGGUGCCCGUCUUCCUUCCUCGCAAUUUCGUGGCGCGGGUCGUGAGGGACGUCAUGAGGAUGAGCGAAGGAGAAGUGUACGGCAUCAGAGGCUGCACUCUGUUCCUGGAUGUUCUCUCUGGGAACAAGAGCGUGUGUCUCGGCAAGAUCGUGUGCGACCCCAACACGCCCACCACUUGCACCAUCCACAUUCUGAUGACCCGAGUUGACCCGCCCACCGACAACGUGGGAUUCAACCUCUUCGGCAUCAAACUGCUGAACAGCCAGAAGGACGCCGUGUACAUCAGCCCGGGCUACACCGUCGAGAAGAGACGACCCAAAGGCUUGGCUAACAACUCUCUCUAGAUAUUUCCUCAUCAUAUCAUGCCAGAGUGUUUCCCACAGUAUCUCUAGUCAUGACGUCGCAUUACUCCAUUACAUAUUCGUGUCUUCAUUGUACUCAUACAUUGUGUGAACAUCAGUGGCCUCUUCAUACUGAAAUGUGAUAUUUUUGAUAGUUUUUUAAGAAUAAAACGGUUAUGAAUUAUAAA